AAGGUCGGGGGCGUGGCGACCCCGCCUGAGGUGGGUUCUGUAGAGUUCUUCAUGCAGACCGAGCAUUACGGCAGUACCGCCAGUCGAUGCGCGCCCUCAGGCUGGAGUUCAUGUCCAAGGUAUGGAAGAAGGUGUACGAGGCCUGGGCAGGGAACCUGGCAGAGGGUAAGGUGCUGCAGGAUGCAGCUGACUACAGCAACCUGCUGGCUUGGAACCGGGCGGAGAACCAGCAACUGCAGGAGCUAUGGUUAGGGGGACUGCGGCAGGAGGCGGAGGUGCGGGAGCAGGAGCAGUGGCAAGUGGAGGAGAAGGCCCCGUGGGCCGAGAGGCGCAGGCCUGGGAGCAGCCAAAGGAUCAAGAAGGUGCGGCAGCUGCAGGAGGAGGCAAAACAUUUCAUCACCUGAGAGAAUCUGGAGGCGUGGGUAGAAGAAGUGUUCGACUCCCGGAAGAGCUACAACUGGGCCAUCACCAGAGAGGGACUGGUACCAGGUCAGGCCACAGCACAGCACAAGGCCUCUGAAGUGCCCAUCCAGGGGCCAUGUGUGUAUGGGGGUAGAAAGGUUGGGCCUGGAAUUAACCAGUUGAUGUUUCUUAAAAAAAAAAAAAAAAAAAAAAGAAAGAAAGAAAGAAAGAAAGAAAGAAAGAAAGAAAGAAAGAAAAAAGAAAAGGAGAGCAAGAAUUUGCAGGAUGUCUGAGUGGCUCAGUUAGUUGAACUACUAACUCUUGAUUUGGCUUGGGGCAUGAUCCCAAGGUUGGGAUCCAUCCCUGCCUGGCUCUGCGCUGCCAGGGCAGAGCCUGCUUGGGAUUCUCAUUCUCUAUCUCUGCCUUGCUCCUAGUCUUAAAAAAAAAAAAAAAAAAAAAAAGCAAGAAUUUGCCAUAGUCUAGGGAAGGAAGAAAUCAAAUUUGGCAUCAAAAAAUAGUUGAAGUGGUGCCUGGGUGGCUCAGUUGGCUAAGCUUCCGACUUCAGUUCAGGUCCUGAUCUCUCUCUCUCUGGGUUU